UCGGGUAUAGCGGAAACGGGGGGCCGCCCUAGGCCCCGCCCCCUAAGCCUCACUUCCGGGCCUUAGCUUCUACUGAAAGGAAGGGCUAUGGAGCGUCAGGUGCUGCUGAGUGAGCCCCAGGAGGCGGCAGCGCUGUACCGGGGCCUUAGCCGCCAGCCUACGCUGAGCGCCGCCUGCCUGGGCCCGGAGGUCACCACGCAGUAUGGGGGCCUCUAUCGGACGGUGCACACUGAAUGGACUCAGAGGGACUUGGAACGAAUGGAGACCAUCCGAUUCUGCCGCCAGUACCUAGUGUUCCAUGAUGGAGACUCGGUGGUGUUUGCCGGGCCUGCAGGCAACAGUGUGGAGACCCGGGGGGAGCUGCUGAGCAGAGAGUCUCCUUCGGGCUCCAUGAAAGCUGUGCUGCGCAAGGCUGGGGGCACAACCCCAGGGGAGGAAAAACAGUUCCUGGAGGUCUGGGAGAAGAACCGGAAACUCAAGAGCUUCAACCUGUCAGCCCUGGAGAAACAUGGGCCUGUUUAUGAGGAUGACUGCUUUGGCUGCCUUUCCUGGUCAUACUCAGAGACACACUUGUUGUAUGUGGCGGAGAAGAAGCGCCCCAAGGCUGAGUCCUUCUUUCAAACCAAAGCCUUGGACGUCAGUGCCAGUGAUGAUGAGAUGACCAGGCCGAAGAAGCCAGACCAGGCCAUCAAGGGGGAUCAGUUUGUGUUUUACGAAGACUGGGGAGAAACCAUGGUUUCCAAAAGCAUUCCUGUGCUCUGCGUGCUGGACAUUGAAAGUGGCAACAUCUCAGUGCUUGAGGGCGUCCCUGAACAUGUGUCCCCUGGACAGGCUUUCUGGGCCCCUGGAGACACAGGUGUGGUGUUUGUGGGCUGGUGGCACGAGCCCUUCCGGCUAGGUAUCCGCUUCUGCACCAAUCGCAGAUCAGCCUUGUACUAUGUGGACCUGAGCGGGGGAAAGUGUGACCUACUCUCGGAUGAUUCACUGGCUGUUUGUUCCCCGCGGCUGAGCCCAGACCAGUGUCGCAUCGUCUACCUGCAGUAUCCGUCUCUACUCCCUCAUCACCAGUGUGGCCAGCUCUGCCUGUAUGACUGGUACACCAAGGUCACUUCAGUGGUGGUGGACAUUGUACCUCGGCAGCUGGGAGAGGACUUCUCUGGGAUCUACUGCAGUCUUCUGCCUUUGGGAUGUUGGUCAGCCGACAGCCGGAGAGUGGUCUUUGACUCAGCACAGCGCAGCCGGCAGGACCUGUUUGCUGUGGACACCCAGACGGGCAGUGUUACCUCCCUGACAGCUGGGGCCUCCGGUGGGAGCUGGAAGCUGCUUACGAUUGAUCGGGACCUCAUGGUGGCCCAGUUCUCCACACCCAACCUGCCCCCUAGCCUGAAAGUUGGGUUCCUGCCUCCUGCUGGGAAAGAACAGUCUGUGUCGUGGGUGUCCCUAGAGGAGGCUGAGCCCAUUCCUGACAUCCACUGGAGCAUCCGUGUGCUACAUCCACCUCCAGACCAAGAGAAUGUGCAAUAUGCUGACCUUGACUUUGAAGCAAUCCUUCUGCAGCCCAGCAACCCUCCAGAUAAGACCCAGGUACCCAUGGUGGUCAUGCCCCACGGGGGACCCCAUUCAUCCUUUGUCACUGCCUGGAUGCUGUUCCCAGCCAUGCUUUGCAAGAUGGGCUUUGCAGUGCUACUGGUGAACUACCGUGGCUCCACUGGCUUUGGCCAAGACAGCAUCCUUUCUCUCCCAGGCAAUGUGGGUCACCAGGAUGUGAAGGAUGUCCAGUUUGCAGUGGAGCAGGUGCUCCAGGAGGAACACUUUGAUGCAAGCCGUGUGGCCCUUAUGGGUGGUUCCCAUGGUGGGUUCCUCUCCUGCCACCUGAUUGGUCAGUACCCAGAGACCUACAGUGCCUGUAUAGCCCGGAACCCUGUGAUCAACAUUGCCUCCAUGAUGGGCUCCACAGACAUCCCUGAUUGGUGUGUGGUGGAGACUGGCUUCCGUUAUAGCAAUGACUGCCUGCCAGAUCUGAAUGUGUGGAAGGAGAUGCUGGAUAAAUCACCCAUCAAGUACAUCCCUCAGGUAAAGACACCAGUGUUACUGAUGCUGGGCCAGGAGGACCGGCGUGUACCCUUCAAGCAGGGUAUGGAGUAUUACCGUGCCCUCAAGGCCCGGAAUGUGCCUGUUCGGCUCCUGCUCUAUCCCAAAAGCACCCACGCGCUAUCAGAGGUGGAGGUGGAGUCAGACAGCUUCAUGAAUACUGUGCUUUGGCUGCACACACACUUGGGCAGCUGAAGCUCUACCGUUCUGUAGGAACUGACCAGUUCAUCUCGCACUUUGCUCUUGGUAAACUCCAGGAUCUGGCAGAACAGCCAAGAGGCUUCCUGGGCUCCGGACUCUGGAUGAGUGGGCAGAGGAAUAUGGACUCCAUAGUCAUAAUAAAUGAGGACAUAGAGCCUGGUUUGUGCUGGUACUUUGUACCAAGCCAUCCCUAGACCUCACCCUGGGGAUCAGAAACCCUUGGCCUUCUUUGACAUCCAUAGUGGAUUCAUCGCUGUCAUCUGUCCUGGCCAACUGGGACUGUGCAGACAACAGCUCCCUGCUACAGUCCCGUCUGUUGGAAAAUGCUCUGCAUUGUCCUUGCAUUCCCAGAAAUGCCUCUGGGACAUGAGUGACACCCUGCCCAUCCACAGUACACACAUUUUGAAGUUUUUCCAGGAUCAGAACCCCUAACCAGAUCUGUGCUGGUCCUAAACUCCCCCCCACACCCCCGAAAGGAGUCACCAGCUCAUUCCAUAGAAGCAGAGACUAUGAAGCACGCUCUGUACAGAGAGAAAGGUUGCUUUAUGUUUGAGAAGUCUUGUCAUCCCUAAGGGAUCUAACCAGGCCUACUCCAGCUGUAUGACUUUGUUAAUCCAGUCUACAAAUACCGACACACGUGUGAAGAUAGCUGGCCAGCGGGGCCGUGCACAUACUCUGUUAGGGAUUAUAAGUCCCUCUAGGACCCAGCAGUCAUGGGUAUAACAGGCAAGUGGUCCCCCGUAGUCACCCUGGCAGGUAGGAGAACUGGUGAGGGCUCUGGACUUUGGCAGUGACUAGCCUCCCCCCAACUCCCAUCUUCUUGGUCAUCAAAUAGUACAAUUCCAGCUCCCAAACCCUUCCCAGGCUGGCCCAGGAGCUCUCCACUGACCUCACAAGCCCCUGUGGGGACCAGCAGUCCCUCAGUGCACAUCUCACUCUCUUGUACGUGUCCUCGGUGCUUCACGUUACAUUCUUGGUUGGAGAUGACCUUCAUCGAGGCCACGUGAAGGACUGUGUUAUUGCUUGUACCUGGAGUGAGGAGGAUGGUAAGGAGAGGCCCUCAGUCAAACCAAUGCUGGGCUGCCCAGCCUGGAAUAAUCUGUCUAUGCACUGUGCUUACCUUUGGAUUCACCCCAGCCUGCAAUCUCACACUUGGUUCCUGGAGGUACCACAUACUGCUCAGGAGGCAGACAAAUCAGGGCCACAUGAUGGUUCAGAGUCACAGGUCUUUAGCAGGAAUGGGGAUAGUCAGGACCUAUGACCACAGGGCCAGCCCUACCUCACACCCUCUUGACUU